ACAUAUAAACAUAGGGACGAAGGCGGGCGGCCAGGUCAUUGAACCGAUGGCGGAGUCGGCGACGACCGGUCACCCGUACUGGCCGCGGGAGCUGCAGCUGCCCGGCUACCGGCACAACGAGAAGCCGCUCUGGAAGCUGCUGUCCUUCGUCUUUGCCGGCUCGGGGCUGCUGCUGGCCGGCACCUGGCUGCUGACGGCCCGGGCCCGGGCCGGGCGGCCGGGGGUAGCGCGCCGGCUCGUCGUCUGCUGGUUCGCGGUCUGCGCCUUCGUGCACGGCGUGAUCGAGGGCUGGUUCAGCCUGUACCACGGGCAGCUGGCCGGCGACCAGGCCUUCCUGUCGCAAAUCUGGAAGGAAUACGCCAAGGGUGACAGCCGGUAUAUCAGCAGUGACAACUUCACUGUUUGCAUGGAGACCAUAACAGCCUGGGCCUGGGGUCCCCUGAGUAUCUGGACAGUUUUUGCUUUCCUUCAGAAUAAGCCAUACCGACUUGUCCUGCAACUUAUCAUCUCACUGGGGCAGCUGUACGGCGAUGUCCUCUACCUUUUCACGGAGUACCGGGACGGCUUCCGGCACAGCGAGCCGGGACACCCCCUCUAUUUCUGGUUCUACUUCGUCUUCCUGAACUCCCUGUGGAUUCUCAUCCCCGUCGCCCUGAUCCUCGACGCCUGCAGGCACCUCAGCGCCGCGCAGGCUGCCGCUGACCAGCAACGGCCCAAGGCCAAGAGCACCUGAGCAGGGUGGGGUCCCCAGCUCCCACCCCCCAAGUCUGCUCCUGUGAUUCAACGGUGGGCUGUGUUCUCCGCCCUUCUCCAGAGAGAUUCUAAUGGUGGCUGCUCGCUGGGAAUAAUUCUGAGAGAUGUUCAGGUUCAGAAUCUUUUUUUUUUAAAACACGGUGAUUUCUGUCGAUGGGGGGGUGGGGGGGGCAACCCACAACUGUUGCCACAAAUUCUGCCGUCACCGACACAGCAUGUCGUCAAUGUCAAUGUUCAGUUCAACACAGAACACAAUGAAACGGGAACAGGCCCCCUCCCUCUCCCACACAGACACCCACGCGCGUAGACAGUCCUCCAGCUCACUUGCAGACGUUGGACCUUCGAUGUUCCCCCCCCCCCCCAAGGACUGGUGUUGUUGUCGUUGUUGUUGUUCGUCCAUCGUUGACGUCGAUGAGGACCUCGACACCAGAUGGUGUCGAGACUAGCGCGUGAUUUGGAUUUAAGUGAGGGAGAGUUGCGCAGCGUCAGCCUCACUCUCUCUUCCCAAUUCCCGUCUGGAUCCAGCGGCAAGGCAGAGUCGAGACGGCUGGAGAUGGGACUAGGCACAGUGGAUGACCAGGACAUCUUCUGUGUCUUGUCCUGCUCUACACGUUCCACGACACUUGCGGAGACCGCUUUCUUGACCGUUGGACCUUCCAUAGGUCUCGUCCGCUCAAUCCGCCGGAGUCUGUCUUCACAUGCUGGGACAGGCAACUCCCUAUCUCACCGAGGGUUUGAGACCCGUCGGCUACCCUCACCUGGUUUAGCCGGCUUGUCGAAGCCGUUGCCCGGGGUGUGGCCGCUGUCGCAUGCAAACAGCUACGGGGAGCCACAGGUGAGAGCUGAGUGCCAGGUGGGGACCAAAGGUGGACUAACCACCCUGAAAAGGAUGCGACAUGUUCCCCCACAGAGGUGCUACCCCUCCCUGACACCCCAUAUACCCCAGAGGAGGACUGGUAGGCCCAAGGCUUCAGCCAACAGGCCUGGAGUUGCCCCCUUCUGACUGACCUCCGGGCUUCCGUCUUCCAAUCAUCUCCAGGACUCACCGAUGGCUAUGAAUGAGGCUCAAGGCCUCGAGCCCCAGAAUCACCAAUGAUGGAGACACCAAGCACGAGGCCUAAGCUUCGAUCUCUGGUCUCGCUGAGGCCCUUGUGCCUCCUGCCUGCACGGAACUCUGAUCCCAGAUCCUGCUGACCUGUGGGGGGAGGGGGGGUGUCCAUGUCAGCCACUGUCCUCACUGGAUACAGGCCGGACAGAUGUCCUCUGUCACAUUGCUAACUUUAAAACGCUGAGCAGAGGCCUGGACCCCUCACUCCUCUCUAAUCCCUGUUCCUAAUCCGGGAGUGUCCAACCUGGGGUCCACAAAUGCCUUGUAGGUGUCCAUGGCAUAAAAAAGGUUGGGAACCCCUGCCCCCUAAAACAAUCCCUGCAAACCUAAAAAUGUCUGAGCCAUGACCUUAAUGGGGACCGCAACACAGCACCAUCUUGCCCAAUUAACUAAAGUGUGAGCCAGUCUUGGGAGACAAAACAGUUUAGCUUCUGAGUGAUACUUUGUGGCUGGUAAAACCAAUGUGUGGCUGGGGUGGGGGGAAUAUUCUGUCCCAUUGAAACUACAGGUGACAAAAGGUGGAUGUUUCUGAGCGUUGAUGAAGGUGUAUCUGUGCGUUUAAUGCGCAAUUCCAGACAAGUCUCGAUUUGUUUCGCCUCUUGGGUUUUGUCUUGCUUUCAAAACAGGCGCCAAAAUAUACUUUAUCAAAGAACGUUAGCAGUGUACAACCCUGAGAUUAGUCUUCCCCACUGACGGCCAGGAAACAAAGAAACGCCAUGGAUACCGUUCAAAGAAGAACUUUCAAACCAUCCCCCCGCCCCGCCAUGUGCAAAAACAAGUCUCUGAAAUGGCAACAAAAAAAAUGAGCGGAG